AUGCUUCAUUUGGUUUUCGCACGCACGGCCGUAGACGAGAGAGACGAGCAAGUAUCGACCGAAGCGGCAAAGAUGCGCUGGACGCCGCGGAAGGGAUUGGGCCUGUUUGUGGCCUUGCUCUUGGACGUACAAGUGCUGGCGACGGAUGGCUGGGGAGGGCGCUACACUCUCAGCACCGUCUGUGGCCUGGAGGGAAGCACGGUGGAGCUCCAGUGCGCCUACUGGCACCCGACAACCGACAAACGCCAAAGCAUUUACACAACGGAGACUUGGUGGCACACCGAGACCGACUGGCCCAAGGGAAAGCAGCCCAAAGAUUUGCGUUUGGACCCCCAAUACUCCGGUCGAGUGCGCGUUGACUGCCAACGGAAGAAGUGCACGCUGUUCAUCCAGGAGCUGAAAGAAAGCGACGCCGGCGAGUACAGAUUCAGAUUCGUCACGUCAGGUGGAAGAGGCUUCAGCGUCGCGCCUGGAGUCACUCUGAGUGUCACCGAGCUCAGCGUACAAGCGAUGACGGGGGCCACACUCAAGUGUGAGAGCAAGUGCUUUCCGACGGCUUCUCCUUCCUUCAUCUGGUACAAGAAUGGAGAGGAAACCAAAGAUUCCACUACCCAAUUCCUAUAUUAUCCCACCCCCCAAAACAGCUACGCAUGUGCUCUACGAGACUAUGAGCAGCUUGCAUCUCCUCCCGUGUGUGAGUCACGUUACACCUCAUGUCCCAAGGUGGUUUACGACAGCAGACGCAUGUGCGCCCUCAAAGGCUCGACAGUGGAUAUCUGGUGCUCUUAUAGCCCCUACAGCGAGGUCAAGUCCCGAUUCUGGUACACAGACCAAUGGCAACCUCGGGACCUUAGGUCGGACGACCGCUAUAAAGGUCGUGUCAAAUUCCCUCGAUCAAUCUAUGGACGAUCGACUCUGAGAAUCAAUGACGUGACGGAGAGCGAUUCUGCGGAGUAUCGCUUCAAAUUCUCCACAGCAAGUUCUGAAUGGAGGGGCCGUUUGCCGGGAACCAAUUUGACAGUCACAGCUGCGCAGGUGCAGGUGACAAACUUCACAGGUGGAAGCCCAGACGUCAUCGCUCAGCUGGUGUGUCACACGACAUGCAACCUGGAAGUUCCUUUGUCUUUUUGCUGGUUCGUGAAUGCACACCAAGUGGGCAACUGCGAGCCUUCCCAGACGGCCAAACCUCGGCAAAUCACUUUAUCUCCCGGAGACUACGUCACCUGUCAAGUGGAAAGAAAUCCAUUCGGCGUCUCUUCUCGUCUGUAUGCUCUGGCGGCCCCCUCGGUGUCGGCGAGUCACUCGGGUGAUGGUAUCUUGAAGGGUCAGCGGCUGACUCUGACCUGCACAGUCAACCCAUCAGCAUCAUGUACAUACGGGUGGUUUAAGGAGACCGGAAACUCAGGUCAUCAAAAAGUGAGUGACAAACCUGCCCUGGUCAUCCCAUCCAUCAAGGCUUCAGACUCUGCGGAUUAUUUUUGUACCGUGGCAAAUGAGCUGGGGGAGAAGCAGUCAGAACGCAUCAAAGUCAAUGUGAAAUAUCCUCCGGAGGAUGUCGCUUUGGAGGCCAUUCCAUCAGCAGUCCCUUCGGAGGGCCAGUCUGUGAGUCUGAAGUGCAGCAAUGGCACUAAUCCAAAGGCUCGCUACGCGUUUUACAAGGACAACGAACGGGUGGGCCGGGAACCGGGCGGAUUUGUCAAUUUCAGUUCUAUCAGGCCUGAAGAUGCCGGAAACUUCCACUGCCAGGCCUGCAAUGAAUACGGAUGCGUCAAUUCUACAAAGGUUCUCCUAGACGUCGAAUACGGUCCUCGGCUGCCCAAGGUCUCAGCCACAUACUCGGGUUCUGUCGGGGUGGGCUCUUGGGUCAGCCUGACCUGCAGCAGUGAUGCCAACCCCAGCGCAAGCUACAUUUGGUACCACGAGAACUCUCGCAAGUCCGACAUGGCCGUCUUCAACAUCAGCGACUACCGAGCGGAGCUCCACGGCGAGUAUCGCUGCCAAGCCUGGAACAGAGUGGGGAACCAGAGCACCACGCUGUGGCUCUCCACCGAGGCCAGUAAGUCUACUGAAGGUGAUGACGGUGGUUCGCGUGCUGGCUGGCUUGCUCCUCCUCGUCCUGAUUCUUGGGGCCGCCCUGCUGCACAGGAAAACGAUGGCAGCAGCAGCUCAGCCAAACGCAAGCGCAGAACACAGCACGGGCGGUCCGGACGAGCCGCUGUACUCCACAGGCGGUCCAGACGAGCUGCUGUACUCCACGGGCGGUCCGGACGAGCUGCUGUACUCCACGGGCGGUCCGGACGAGCUGGCUUUCUCCGAGCCCGACGCCAUCUACUCCAACGUCGCCCGGGCCGAGAGGCGCCGGAGCGAGGAUCGGGACGAGGGAGUGGAGGACAUUGCCGUCAACUGCCGGCCUCCAGGCCCAGGCCGGAAGCUGGAGCGGACGCCGACGCGUGAGGCGCGCUCUACAGCAAGUCAAGUCAAGUCAAGUUGAUUUGUAUGGCCCUAAAUCACAAGCAGUCUCAAAGGGCUUCACAUAGGCAAACAAUUGACAAUUCUUCUCAAAGCAUCCCCUGAUCUUAAGCUCCCAAAAGGGCAAGGAAAAAGUCCAAAAAACCCUACCAGGGGAAAAUGAGAAACCUUGACAGAUGGAAGGAUCCCCCUUUCCGGAUCACCAGGCUCCAAUGGAUGCAGAGAGGGCACAAAUAAUACAUCAUAUGAAAAGCGAAGGGAGCGAAAACAAACUCCAGCCGAAUCGGCCACUACAGGUUGAUUAAAGGCCAUAUCCUACAAA